AAAAUGGCGAACUUGAGAAACAAAGAAAAAGAAGAAAUAGUUCGCGAAGUUUUGGGCAUACAGCCGAUACUUAUUGGGUCGUUUUUCACGCUGCUAAUUCUCAGCUGUUUGCUGUUUAGGUAAGCUUUGAACAGUGUGUAAUAGCGGUGAAAUAAUCCGUAUUUGUUGGUAUUUUGAGCUUUUGAAGUUUUGAGUGGAACACUUUGUUUGUGAUAAUGAAUGCCAUGAUUUGAAAGGACCAAAGGAAAAGCAUUGGUUCAAAUGAAGUAGGGACUCAAUUUUGAAAAGAUAUGACAGAUCUGAGAUGUACAAUUGUUAUUUCAAUCGUACUGUCCGAUUUAUUAAGUGAUUCUCAAGUAUGAUUAAUUGAUGCAAAAUAUUGCAUAAUGCUUAUUUUUAGCAAAAUAUUCGACAAUUCUACGAUGGAUUGGAUACCAGAAUUUUACCCAAAAUUUCGAAAGUUUUUGGACAUUUUGCAUUGUUUGGACAGUCAGGUUGUAAUUAACCCAUUAAGCUGCAGAGCUUCCCCAUUGACGAGUAAAAUCGUCUGGCGGUAGACAAGUAAAGAAAUAAGUAGGGUGCACUGGGGCACAUUGCGGCUCAAUGGGUUAACUAGAGCUCUUAACCCAUUAAGCUGCAGAGCUUCCCCAUUGACAAGUAAAAUUGUCUGGCAUUAGACAAGGAAAAAGAAUAAGUAGGGCACACUGGGGUGCAUUGUGGCUCAAUGGGUUAAUAAAACUUUCAGAAUUUGGUUUUUCGUUUUAUACAUUUUACAAAAAUUUCCUCUGCUGCAGCAAAUUCUAGUGAAAUAUAAAAUUAUAGAUCUAUAUUAUAGAUCAAAUUAUAAAUAAAAUUAUAGAUCUUAUUCUAGAUCUAAAUAUUUGAAGCAUUGUAACUCAUGACUUUUACUAUCCAAAUAAUGUGAAAUUUUGGAUGCACACUAAUCUCAGCAUCAAAAUUUAAAUUCUGGGUCCAUUUACCGAAAUUCCGACAACCGAUAUUCAAGGGCGGAUACUUGUCGAUACCGACAUUACCAUUUGCAUUCAAGCAUUACCCCACCAGGGUUCUGCCCAGGACAAUGAGACUGCCAGGUAUUUGUAUACAUGAAAUAUUUGUAAAUUUCUAAUCAUUGGGUCAUUCCAGAAAAGAUCCAUACCCCCCUACGGAGGAAAUCGAAAAUAACCCCCUCCCCCCCUUCGGACAUCCUUGAAUGGUUCAUCCUCCCCCCCUCUCCGGACAUCAAAGCCCAAAAUUACCCCCCUCCCCUUUGGACAUCCACCAUUUCUAAAUUUUUCUAAAGGCUACCUUGCCGUUUGAAAACGUCACCCAAAAUUAGACUACGUUCACACUACGCGCGAGCGAACUAAUGCGGGCCGAAUUUAUGUGUGUUCACACUACGCCAUUACAGUUUGUUUACAAAUUGAAUUAGCACUCGUGUAAACCCAAAAUAUUUCAAAUAGACCCAAGAAAUUUAACUGAAAAGCAUUCGAGUUUACACGUUUGUGUUCACACGAAGCUAUCAAGCGCUCCGCCGUUUUCACCUUGCUCCGUUAAGAAACCGUGCUCAAAUUGUUACGGUUUCGCUCCAGCAUUGAGUGAAUUAGCGAUGGCUUAUUGUGACUUUUCUACGCUGUUCUCAAAUAGCUCCGGCGUGGCGGAACACUUGGCGGCUUCUUGUGACUUGCGAACACAAACACGUGGCAGGUUUUGUCGGAUAAUUUGCAGAAAUUCACUUCGAAAUUCGUUCAAGUAAAAUUUGGACUGAAAAUAUUCGAUGUAACUUGCGACUGAUUGACAAGCGUUGCUGUGUUUACUUACAUGUUAAUACAUUUUUUAGUAUUACUGCAUUCCUUAACCUCGCCCUUAAUAUGAAAGCCAUUUCUAUUUUCUAGACACGCACCUCGCAAGGAAGCUUUAUUGACUAUAUACUAAAACAAAUUGUUUUGAGUUCAGUUCACAUAGCAGUCUCUUAAUUCGAGCAACAGUUUAAUAACAGACUAUUAUUUUUAACACUUUAAUAAUUCAAACUUAUAUAUGGCGAACGAAAACUGCAAACUAUAUAAAUAAAGCGUGUCAAUUUUCGACUCAUUCUCAACAUGCAGGAUACACUGUAGCCUAGAUACGCUGUUACAGCGAGUUAGUUUUUGGUGGCCAUGCAUGCAAAAGUGGGCCGCUUAUUUUGCUUACAAGUUACGUGGACGUAUAAUUAUUGCUGUUACAUAAAUGUUCCGGUGUUCAAUAGCCGCAUAUAUAUAGCCGAUAAAAAUUGCGUGCUCAUUAUAAUCGCCGAUCACAUGGCUUUAUCACCGUCUCAAACCUUCAGACAAACAUAUCCACAUUCCUCUCCCCCCCUUCGGACAUCCUAAGACAUUUUCCCUCUCCCCCCCUUCGGACAUCCUAAGACAUUUUCCCUCCCUCCCCCUUCGGACAGCAAAAAUUUCCUCCGUGGGGGGGGUAUGGAUCUUUUCUGGAACGACCCAUUACAGUGGUACAGUAGAUGCCAUAAAAUUUAUCGCAGAUGCGAUAAUGUACUCAGAAACAUAAAUUUUAUUUAGAAAUUUCAAAAUGGCGACGAUAAUUUUCAUGUUUACAAAUAUUUCUGGCGUGUUUUUGUGCUGGGCGGAAGAGUCAGUUUUGGUUUGGUGCUGGGCGGUAAUAUUAAGUGCUGGGUACUGCCGGCCGCUGCCGCCCACCAUGGGCAGAGCCCCGCCCCAUGCCACAAUGAAAAUAAUCCACACUGUGAAAAAUGUGUCCAGCGGGUCAAAGCAAUCGUGCAAUAAGUUUGUGAAUUGAGAUAAAAUGUAUUUAACGGUUGCUAAUUAAGAAUUUACAUUUUUAGGCAUUUUAGUCUACUAACAUGCCUAUGGGCAAUUCUGACAGGAGGUGGACUGGCAUAUGGAAUUUUAUGGUAAACAUUCUUUCUUGUUAUUUGAUGGGUUGGUUUUUAGCCCCUUAUGUAUUGCCCAAUGGGGUAUUCCAGAAAAGAUUGAGACUUCCCCUACAUUAUUGACACGGUAUACUGUAUGAUUAGUGUUGUUUUUUACUCUCAAUUUUAGCAAUGUGCCACUUUUCCCCAGCCUUCUGUUUUGGUACAAACCUCGUGAAAAGG